CUUAGCCAUAUUUCACUAGAAGAAACUCUGGUAUCAAAAAGGAGAAGGUGGGAACAGCCAACACAAUGCAGGGUAUAAUCUUGCUAACGAUGGUAGUUUUAUCUUCUACGUUCUCUCUCCCAUCUCGCAAGGAUGAACCACAACAAGACUUCGAGCAGAAAAUAAUUAGUUCAGAAGACUUUACCCGUACGCAGAGGAACCUUGUGCAGUUUCACAACAUGAUUAAGUGUACCACGUCACGAAGUUCUUUGUAUUACGUCGACUAUGGCUGUUAUUGCGGUUAUGGAGGAACAGGAAAUCCAUUAGAUGCUACUGAUAGAUGCUGUCAAGUUCAUGAUGAAUGUUACGGUCGUAUAAUGAAAGAUCCAGACUUGUGCACGUUCUCUUCGUCUGUUUAUUGGAAAAUAUACAGUAGAGAUGACACCUGUACUGGUUGUGUUGAUGAAGAGGGUUCAUGUGAGCGAGCCAUUUGUGAAUGUGACGGAGCAGCAGCCAGGUGUUUUGCCGAGUCGGAAUGGAAUGAAGAGCAUUAUAACUAUCCAUCCGAACACUGCUGACGCACAGAAUUGAAAAUACACCAGCAACAACAGUUAAGAAUCGGGAGAAAGAGAGAGAAAAAGGAACAAACUUCUUAUGAUUUAGCUUGACAUAUUACACACAAAAUUGUAUGAGAGCCUGUAAUGACAAUUAAA